AUGGAGAAAGCUGAGAUGAAGGAAGAUCAGAAAAUUGAUCUGCGGAUUGUCCUCAUUGGGAAAACUGGCUCGGGAAAAAGUGCGACAGGAAAUACCAUCCUCAACAAAGAGGUUUUCCACAAAGAGGCCAGCUCUCUGUCGGUGACGAAGACCUGCACUAUGGCCAUCUCCACCCUUCACGACUAUAACCUGGUGGUAGUGGACACUCCCGGGUGGUGUGACACGAAUCUCUCUGAGGCCGAAAUCGUCCAGGAAACAAUUAAGUGCAUCGACAUGUCCUACCCUGGACCUCAUGUGUUCCUGCUGGUGGUGCCAAUCGGUCGGUUCACAGAGGAGGAAUCCAAAGCCAUACGCAUGAUCCAGGAGGUGUUUGGAGAAGGAGCCACCAGAUACACAAUGAUCCUGUUUACGAGAGGAGAUGAUCUGGAGGACAAAGACAUUGAUGACUACCUAACCAAUGCCAAGCCCGAGCUCAAGAACCUGUUGGACAAGUGCGGGAGAAGAUAUCAUGUGCUCACCAACCGGGAGAAGAAAAAUCAAAACCAAGUGCACAUGCUUGUGAUGAAGAUCCAGAACAUGGUGCGGGGGAACGGUGGAAACUGCUACACCAACACCACGUACCAGCUGCUGGACAAGUACAAGAGGAAAGAAGCUGAGAUCCAGAAACAAAUCAAGAGUAUAAAGAGAGAGCUACAAGUAAAGGAGGUGGAGUUUCAGUGGAAGAUUACGCUGAUGCAGCAGGAGCAACAGCAGCAGAAGAUGCGAGAGGCCGAGCUGAAGGGGCAGCUUUUGGAGAGUGAGGUGAAGAGGGCUCGUGAGGAGGCCACACUAAUCACUGCUCUGAAAAAGCUUAAAAUAGAGCUGGUGCAAGAAGAAGAGAGAAGAAGGUCUGCAGAAGAAGCACAACAGAAGUUGGAAAGUGUCCAAGCUAAAAUGUUAAAGGAACUGCAGAAACGUGAGCUGGAGCACCAGAAGAAGAUGCAGAUGGAUCAAAAGAAGCAGCAGGAGGAGCAGAAGAUGCAUCAGCUUCGAAUGGAGCAAGAGGAGCUGAAGAGGCAGAUCAGUGAGUUCACAAAGAAGAUGAGCGAGCUCCAAAAGCAGGAGCAACAGGCCAGGGAGGAGAAAGAAGCAUGGCUGAAGAGGAGCAUCAGGAAAAUGUCCUGCUGCACCAUCGUGUAA